AUGGUUGACGCUGAAACACGAUACCUACCAUUGGAAAAGCUCAUACUGGCUCUUGUGGUGGCUACCAGAAAGCUGAUGCACUACUUCCAGGCUCAUACCAUAGAGGGGGUCGAAGCAGAAUCCCUGGCACAUAUUCGAGAUGUUGUUGUUAAGCGCUUUGUGUGGAAAAAUAUUAUAACCCGAUUCGACAUACCCAGAGCACUUGUCUCCAAUAACAGCACCCAAUUCAACUGCAGCAUGUAUAAGGAGCUAUGCAGCAUAUAUGGUAUCCAGCCUUACUUUUCUUCACUGGCGUAUCCACAAAAUAAUGGUCAAGCAGAGUCCUCAAAUAAAGUGAUGCUAGACGGAAUUAAGAAAUGGUUGGCGAAAGCCAAGGGCAAGUGGGUUGAAGAGCUGCCUAAUGUAUUGUGGACUCACCACACCACUCCGAGGUACGCCACUGGAGAAACGCCGUUUUCCAUGUGCUUUGGGAUAGAAGCUAUCAUCCCUCUGGAAAUCAGUCUUUCCACUCUCAAAUCAAAGGCUUUUGAUAUAGGGCGCAACGACAUGAUGUUGGCCUUGGAUCUGAAUCUGCUUGAAGAACGCCAGGAUCAGGCUCUUACAUGUAUGGCGUGA